GCUUUUCUCCUGUCUGGAGGCUUGUUACACCAUCCAUAGAUUUAAUGAUAUUUUUCUGACAGGAAAUGGAAAGCUGAGCUUUCCAGUCUCGUAUUAAUCGCUUUCCCCAUUGUAGUGUAUUGGGAAGCAAUAUCUACACUAACCAGGGUCAUCGAUGAGAAAAUAUGAGGUUUCCCUACUGCUGCAUGAAUAGACCCCUGAGUUGAAACAGCUAUGAUCAUUUUCAUUCUGCAUCGGAAUGUAAACCAUGUUCAGAAUUCUCUGCUAUCCCUGAUUCGCGAAGUGUGACUCCUGAUACAGAGCCACGCCCACCCUCGAUGGUUAACGAGGAAGUGUUUUUCAUGCCAGAAGAAAAGGAUGACCAGUCAGAUGACCUUGAGAAUUGUUGCAGUGAAAUGAUGAGCAGCAGUGAAGACUUGCACUCUCUGGACUCAUCGCUUCAAGGAACUGAAUACUAUAAGGAUCUAGAACAGCUAGAAGAUAAGAGCACUGAUCAAGAAACCUCAAAACCUACAACUGCUGCUUUCUGUGUUGCCAGUGGACCCAAUAUUAGCUUUGAUAAUGGGGAGGUUGUCAUUACUUAUUCCAAGCCUUUUCUAUGCCCCUUGGUUUUUGAAGCUGGAACCAAUUCAGAAUCUGAAAGAGAAAAGAAUGAAGGAUCACAAGAAGAUUUGACAAGAGCCAAAGAAACCAUUCCUAUCUUAGUGAGGUCACUUUCGACAUCCAGGAGACACAGCUGGGAUGAUGCAGUCUCGCCAACAGAUACUGUACGCAGGUUUAGCCUUGAUACUUCAGAGAUGGACAGUGAUGGAGAGAGGGAAAUGGAAGACACCACCUGUGUCACAACUCAAGAGAUUCUUCCAUUAUCACGGACAUGGGCAACAAAAGCGAACCUGAGGAUAGAAGCAGACAUUGGGAGUCUUGAUCUAAUGAAUACUGAUACAGAGAAUAAGGAUGAGGACAGCACUGGUAAGAGAUUGCGUUCAAAGUCAAUGCCUUCCACACUGGAUAAGAUUUCAACCCCAAGGAUCUCUCGAAGUUUGGAAUCAUCCUGUCCAGUAAUUGAAGUAAUCCAACCACCUCAGAUGGAAGUUAUUGAAAAGGACCAUGUGGAACCAACCCAUGUGUAUGACAAUACAGUAGAUUUUUUAUAUUGCAUAGGCCGAGUCUUCUUAGAAUUAAGACAUAAUAAGCCUGAGACACCUGAACUAAACUAUUUCAAAAGUUCACACAAACUAUGAGGAAACACAGCAUGUUUGGUUUUGCGCAGAUGUGCCUAUUUCACUGCUUAGCACAUAUGUAGUAAUUACCCAUCAUUCCUGUUUUGGGAACUUCCCCUGUAAAUUGUGGUGGCACUUAUUGCAGGUGCACUUGACUAAA